CUAUAUUUGCGUGAAAUGAGCCAAGUCGUCAAAUAGGUUAUCAACGUUUCGCGAUGUUUGCGUAUGUGCGUGUUUAACAUUUCGAAGAACGUAUCUGCCGUUUUCAGCAUAUAGCAACGAUCGAAUAGUUAGAAGUUUGUAGGCAUGGCACAAGACGAGGAAAGCAAGCUGAUUAGAGAAGAUUUUGAUGCCGGUCCAUCGAGUUUUGACGAAAUCGAACCAGAUCUAUUUCUAGGGAAUCUCACAGCUGCCACGGAUGUGGAAUGGUUGAAAGAAAUUAAUAUGACUCAUGUACUUACGGUAGAUUCGUGUCCUCUACCAAGAAAGAUUCAAGAACGUUUGCCCAAUCUCACCGUAAAAUAUAUUCAAAUAACAGAUAUGCCAAGAGAAGAUUUGUUAACUCAUUUGGAAGAUUCUUACGAAUUUAUCGAUCAAGCAUUAAAAUCAAACGGUAGAACGCUGGUACAUUGUUACUUUGGUGUUUCCAGAUCUGUUAGCGUUGUUAUCGCAUAUAUUAUGAAGAAACAUAGAAAAUCUUUUUUAGAUGCAUUGGAAAUAGUCAAGCAAAAGAGACAUUUCGUUGGACCAAAUCCUGGAUUUAUAGCGCAAUUGAAAUUAUACGAAGAAAUGGACUUUGGCAUAGACAAUACCAACGUUCAAUUUAAAAUGUACAGAUUGCAAAUAGCUGCGGAUAAAGUGAGAAAAGUGAAAAUUUUACCCCAAAAUUGCAUCGAUUUAAUAAAGCCAGAUCCUGCAUUAACGACUGUACGUCCAGAACCGACCGUUUAUCGUUGUAGAAAGUGUCGAAGGAUCGUGGCCAGUGCGAGUAAUAUUUUACCGCAUACAAUGCACCAAAGGCACAUUUGGCGACAUGUCAGUUCGAAACGAACGCCCAAACAGAUAAAAGAAGGGGAAGAAGGAGCAGAACGCGUAAAUGUAAAGAAAGAAAACGAAAUGACAGAACUAUGCACAAAGAUAUAUUUCGUGGAGCCUUUGGCAUGGAUGCCGGACAUAAUGCACAAUGUGGAAGGAAAGUUGAAUUGUCCAAAGUGUAAUACAAAGUUAGGCUCUUUUAGUUGGAUAGCCGGUAGUCAGUGCCCGUGCGGCAGUAAAAUAGCUCCGGCGUUUUACUUAGUUCCGUCUAAAGUCGAUUGGAGUAAUGCCGUUCAGAAUGUACAGUUGAAAACGAGAGCAUCUUUGGUUUCAACGAACGAAUCCUGUGCAAGCGCAAGAAUCCUGUGGACGAAGGAAAGCACGAAAUAAAAUUAUUAUCGAGAACGCGUGGUAGAUUUGAACAUCGCAGCGUUCUUUGAUUUUGAUUUGAUUUGUUGAGAACGAAUCGCAACGUAGAGAAGAAAUAAGAGGAGAAAUAAAAGAAAAAGAGUCACAUGCUCGCGUGCAUGGCGGGAUAGGUAGUACUGUAAGGAUGCGAUCUCAAUCUCAAUGCGCUUAGACCAGUUAUAGUCGUUCCUUCGACGGCACCAUGAAUUUCUGCUGAUUGAUGAUACGACGGUAGAGCAGG